GUCAAAUGAGUUUUAAUGGCUGUCGUAUUGACAUUAUUACGUUGACGUUAUUGAGGCUGAUAAAUGUAACGUGUAAGGGGAUCUUUUGUUAGUUCAAAAUGGAAUCCUAUCUUAAGUGGAGUGUGAUAAUCGGUUUGUUUGGAUUCUGUUAUUCAAUUGAUACACAAUAUAUGAAUGAAGCAUGUAAUGGAAGUAGUGUGAUAGAUACAACCUUAUUAUUAGAAACAUCCAAAUCUCUGUCAUAUCCACCAUUGAUGAACUGUUUUCAUAGAGUUAAUGUAGCCAGUGGUUUUAAAGUACAUGUUUCUGUUGAAAGAUUUGAACUAGAAGAGAAAAUGGCUAAUGCCUGUGUUGAUUAUUUGAUUCUAUAUGAUGGCGCAGAUCAAAAUGCACCAAUUCUGAAUUCUGAAGUUACGUGUGGUAAAACAGCACCGGAAAAUGUAACAUCUUCCAGUAACAUUCUCACAUUUUACUUUAAAAGUGACCAUUCUUCAGCUUUACGUGGAUUUGCUUUUGUUGUGACACCAGUCACGGAUGUACCAUGUAGUUCUAGUCAGUUACAAUGUAACAAUAGUUUAUGUAUUGAUGCCAGUUUAAAAUGUGAUAGUUAUAACCAAUGUGGUGAUAAAACAGAUGAAAAUGAUUGUCAAGUAAUUGGAAGUUCAAAAAUAGAUGACAGUAAUACUACAUUAAUAAUUGGGUUAGUUAUUGGUAUAACUAUUCUUAUUGCUAUAAUUAUCGCCAUAGUAAUCAAUGUCUAUAAAAACAAUAAAUGGAAACGUUUUUUAAAUCAGCAUUUAGAAGACCCCGAUGUUUGGAACGCCUCCCCCUCGUAUCCAGUGACGCAGAAAUACUUUACAAGUGGUCGAGGAAAUUACAACACUUUAUCAAACGAAAACUACAACGAAGUGACAUUGCAACCUCAUAGCGAGGAAUCUAUUCACAACAGUGAAAUUUAAGCUGCAAACUUAGCUAUGUAUAUUGAUUUCAUUACCGUGUGCUUUUUUCAACGUUUUUCAUAUCAUAAUAUACAUUUGAAUUAUCAAACUGUUGAGUUCUAAAGAUUCAAUGCAGAAAGCUACAAUUUAAUAGCGUGUUUAAAGAGAUAGGCCUACUAUACCCCAUAGAAUGCACAUAAAAUUUAACUUGUCAAAUUUGCCAAUAUAUUGAUUAGAGGACUUAUGUCAUAAAUGAAUAUACAACAAAAUCCCUUAUAAUCUGAUAUAUCCAUAUAAAAAACCUCAUUAUAGAAAACUGCUAUAGCCUGUUAUGGCACUAUGGACAAGUCAGAAUAUUAAUAUAUGUAUUCGUAUUGGUCAAGUUUGAAAAUCUAAAUUUUAUCUUCAUUUUAAGAGGAACUAUUCCUUUAAAAGAGACUCUGUUUCAACUCAAUUGUGAAUUAGUAUGUUAUUUGAAGAUGCAUAUUCAUAGGUGAACUUACCUAGCUUCUAAGCCUGUUUCAAUAAGUUCGCAGUUUUGAGGAUGAUUUACUUAGUUUUAUGGAUUAUUCUAAGCGAUAGUAUUCCCAUAAAAUAUCUAGGUAUUAUAUUAUCCAAAAUUGGAUAUAAGGUACAUAAAGAUCCAUUUAAUUUUUUUUUACUUGUAUGAAUGACAAGAAGUGAUGCCAUAAAUUGUGAUGUUGGUGAUCAACUCAUUAAUGUUUUAGCCAUAUUGAUUUGUAAGAUCAUCACAUUCCAUUAAAAACAACUGGGGUUAUUUUACUCAGAAGAUCAAAUCUAAAGGAGCGCCAUGGGCCCUAAUUACAUUUAGAUAAGAAGUGUAAAUUCAACGUUUGAUUUUGAAAUAAAUGAUUGAAAAUUU